AUGGGCUCCGGUGCGUCUGCUGGUGCAUCCACGCCGACGCUGCCUUGGCCGGAGGGUGCAACGGUCGUUCUGCGCCCAGAUGGCGCGCUGCCGGAUGGACUGAAGACCAGUGGCCCGGUUCCAUCGACUGAAAGUGGCGUCCCUUUCUGGAGGCUUGGAGGCGCUGGCAAGGGCCGGCUCCACGUGAUCGAAGAUACCGCGGGGCUGCUUGAGCUGAAGGAGAACUUCUCGAUUGCCGUUUGCUUCCGGCCUGGUGCCGGUGAUGCGCAGGGCUGGGACAGUCUUCUCUUAGGUCAUGACAACAAGCAUUGGCUGGCCAUGCCAGGCGAUGACAAGACCAAAGUUUGUUGCAUGGACGGGGAUAGUUCCUUGAACUUGAACGCGGACUUCUUGGACCAGGGCUGGAUCCAAAUCUUUCUGCGGUCCGUGGAGGGUGGGACUUCCGUCUUUGGUAUGGACCAGGAGGGGCUCCUGGAUUUGGGUACCUUCCCAACUUCACUGGUCGGCUCAAAGCUGCGAAACGCCGGCUGGGCCACCAAUGAGGUUGACAUUGCGGCCAUCGCCUUCUGGGAUCGGAUCCUGACCUGGGCGGAGCUUUCGCCGCCAGCUCCAGCUCCCGCACCGGCGCCUCCUCCAGCUCCAGACGCGCCCAUUCCCAAGCGUAUCUUUGGCCAGGUCACAGACCUCGCUGGCGAGCCGCUCAAGGAUGUCAGCAUCAAGUGGAAGAUGGGCGGCUGUAUCUCGGAUGGUGAGGGCAGUUUCGCGAUGCUGGAGGAAGCAGAAACGGAUGUGCCAGAGGACACGCCUCCCGUUUCAGUGGAAGUCGGUCUCGCGGUCGCCAGAAGAGUUGGGUGGAUGGAAGCCAAGCUUCUGCUUCUUCGACCUCCUCGUGUGUCAGCUUCGAGUGUGACUGGGAUUGACUGGGUGCAAGGACAAGAGGGAGAGCUACUCGUAGUUAAGAUGAAGGUCAUUUUCACUUGCAGCUUCGGCGAUGGCCACAAGUCCGCGCAGCAGGCAGUCGAAGACUUCCUGCAGGCGGCCGGCUUCGUCGUGGAGGCAGUGGACACGACGCAUGAUCCGCGCUUCGAGGACUCAUUGCAGAGGCGACUCAGCACACGCCUCAUGGACGUCUGGUACAACCGGAUGGUUCUGCGAUGGAAGAUGUACAGCAUCCAGAACAUGGUUGAAUCGAUGGGCACCCUUUUCUUCGGGCAGUGGAAUUCGCCAUGCCCUUCCCCGACUUGCAACACUCCAACCAAGGACGCAUUUCGAAGUGUGCUCCUGGAGCAGAAGCCGGACAUCGUGGUGACUGUGUACCACAUGGACCUCCUUCCCAUUCUCGAGGUUGCGAAGGAUGUGGGCAACCUCCCGGUACUGCACAUCGCUACGGACAUGGAUCUGAAAAUGUGCGAGGCGGGCUCGCGUCUCAAAGCUUUCGAUGCCAAAGAUGUGGUGCGACCCCAUUCCUGCCUCAGCUGUGAUGCCGCCAGGAUUGACAAAUCUGAUGUAGUGAGCUCCGGGGCCAUGGUGGACUCUCCACGUACUCCACCUCCGGUCUCCCGGAAGGGCAGCCGCGAGUCGACCGUGUACGGACGGUCGCGGGUGCCCAGCGAUGCGAUGGAUCUGGAGGCUCGCUGUGCACGAGAGCUGGCGGAUGCCGAAGAUAGGCCCAUCCGUGCUGGUGCUGACGGUGGUCUGGAAGUGCUUUGCGCGCAAAACACAGUUCUCAACUACCUGAAGUCAGAACCGGGCAAACACGUGCUCGUAGACUUUCCUGGGGAGUUUCGCCUGCUGGGGGCUCUCUACAAGCCUGCAGUGGAUGUGACCCCUUUGGACACUGCGAUCCGCGGUCUUACCAGCGCGGGAUUGAGGAAUGCACAACGCUACAUCCGCUCUUACGUGGCAGAGAGGGAGGAGUUAGGCUUCGCAGCGAUGCGUGCUAUGCUCUUCGAUGUCACCUUGCAGGCCGGUGGGGCGCACAAGACAUUUCACUUCGUGUGUUCAAUGAGCCGCACGGCCUCCGAGCGCCUGGUGAAUCUGCUGAACCAGUUUCUGGAAGCUCAGCAGGACUGCUGCGACUCCAAAGGCGACAAGCUCUUCGAGAUUCCCGAAUCUUUGCGAGCUCAGCUCUGUCCCAUGUUCCACAGAGUGUCAUGGUGGCGAAUCGAUGAGCUGCUGAAUCAGUCCGAGCUCGACUUCGUAAAUGAAUACCAGCGAGUUGGACUGCAAGCACAUGGGCGGGCUGCCCGUUCUUCUGGAAACGCACACCUGGACAUGCUCCGGCGUCUUCAGAAGUUCACUGCUGACCAAGUGUUCCAGCAGUGUAUCCUGAGAGAGCAAGCCCUGCUCUGCGUGCCGAAGAACUGCUGGAGUGAGCUCCAGUGCGGGGAGCUGGAACCCUGCAUCCAAG